AUGAAGCUUCAUAUGGAUAUUCGUCCUCCAAAGGGCAGGUGCUUCCGUGCCGGAGACACUGUUCAAGCCCGUAUCAAAAUCAGCGAUGCUAAUUUCAAGGAACCUCUGAGGAUUAAAGCUAUGCUUUAUGUCUUGGGGAAAGUGUACUGCGCAAAGAUGGUGCGGAACAAGUGGCUUGCUUUGACUGCGUGGAGCUUGAGUUUCCUUUGCGUACACUCAGUGGUCAUAUAA